AUGGCGUCCGCACUCCCUCAGCGGCCCAUUUCCCUCGCACAAUCGCUUCAUGAGGACACACUCGACGGAGCGAUCACAUUCGAAGAAGCCAUCUCGAAUACCGAAGGCUUGAAAGUGAUUUUCCUUGAAAAGCCAAUGAUAGUACACAAGCCCGUGGGUUCAGUCAAAAUAGGAGACUUGCCAGCCAGAGAUGAAAUCGUCGACGCCUUGAAGAAGAAGAUUCAGUUUUUAGAUGUCAUCUUGAACCACAAAGGCGACUUUGACUUGAAACACAUCGAGACGUUGUUUUUGCAGCAGAGAUAUCAAGAUCUACCAGAGCCUCUCAAGAUGAAGGGCAACAACCUCACCCCGUACACUAUGCAGGUUUUCAUGUUACAGUCCGAGGACAAGACGUGGAACAUUGUGAAGCACGUUCGUUUCGCGGAGGGCACCAAAAUCCUUGCGAGCACCAUCAUAAGCAUGUGCACUGGCAGGCCUGUGGAAAUCGACUACCGGAAAAACUUCCGAGACGGCACCAGAGCUUUGCAGUAUAUGCUGGAAGGCUUAGGUGGUUUCCAAGUUCGUUAUCAAAAGCUCGUCCCCCUCAAUGCAAGCAACAAGGUACCCAAGGAGACCGAGGACAUCCGAGAACAUUCGCAAAGGCUUCCAGAGCAGGUCAAUAAUCCGGAUAGCAUUCUUUACAAAUGGGAUCGCGGCACCAUCAAAGAAUUCCUUCGCUGCCAGGCAGACAAGGGUCGUACUGACGAACUCCCUUGCUUUCAGACAGCCAGCUCCUUGGACUAUUUCCGUAAGGAGCGUGGUCGUCGCAGCAAGCCUCGUGUCUUUGAUGAUGGCAACUUCUACCUGGAAACACCAGCGGCUGUCAAGGCUAUCACAGAGGUUUCGGGUAUUGAUCGCAAGACUAUGGCGCGCUACAAUGCGUCCUCCUACGCCAAAAAUCAGCUUUGCCAAGCUUGCUCCAAUCCCUACGAUCGGACAGGAGAGUCAAAAAUGCGACCUGGAAAUGCCUCAGACACAGUCUCCUUCGAUGAUUUCUACAAGCUCGUGCGUCCCUCGUUUCAUCGUGAUUUUGAUGAGGAGGAUUUGCUUGCCGUCUUCAAGCGUUCCUGUAUCGUUGUGUUUACCGAGAUCGGCAUCUACAUCCGCACCCCCGGGACAUCACGCGAUCCAGUUCCACGACACGCUUGGCCAGAGCGAGAUUGCGGUAUGGUAUCACCUUGUGCCAGACCCCUUUUUCAGACCUACAAGCACGGAGGCUCCGCAGGCAAUGUUCCUGAACAUGCUCAGAAGGUACAAUGGUCACUCAACUUCUUGCAAGCCGCACUUGACGGAGAAGCUCUGCCACGGUGUUCUACUAUCUUUGGCAAAAAUUUCGACGGCGAAAAGUAUGUCAUUGAAAAGCGAGAGAACAUCAAAGAGGAUGACGGAAACCAGGAGAAAAAAGAGGAUAUUGAGGAGGCUACAUCUUCUGCACGUUACGAUCAAGCAAGAGCCGCUGGAGGUCAAAGCGAAGUUUACGGCUUUCAAGAUAUCUUUGAAUGGUCGCACUAUGCACAUCUCGCUUUCGGAUCCCACCCCGCCAUCUUCGCCCAAGUCACCGCCAAAGGCAGCCACGGCAUCUACGAGCCUGCCUCCGAGCCCAAGGUCCUAGACUUGCUUGCUGGUUCUGCUCCCAUGGGGAAGAAGCCCAAUAACAACAUUGUCGCUAAAAAAGGCAAGCUGCGCAAGGUCCAGAAGCGACCGGCGGCUACAAAGUCAUCUUCGUGGAAGUCCGUCAAGUACGUGCGCGGCAACGUCACUGUGGGAUCUCGGGGUCAACGCAAAGAUCAAGUCAAAUGGAAACGCACCUUGCCUCAGCUUCUGAAGGCCAACGACCAUGACAUCAUCAAAAUGCUGCUGGCGGACAAGCUUCUGAUGGAUCUUUCCGGAAAGUUGUGCCCCAGAUGUUCAAGUGGAACCUUGUCCAAGCUCCAUACAGGUGGCCCUCAUCACUUGAAGCAUCGUUGCAACAACUACAAGUGCACAGCCGCCAUCACACCCUAUCAUCUUCACCCGCUCUUCUCGGAAUGCAUGGGCCCGCAGAAACAGAGUCUGCAGAUGCAGUCCGCCAUGCUCCUCCUAAAGCUUCACAAGGUGCCACAGUCUACAAUCCAUCUUGUGUUGGACAUCAACCACAAAGCCAUCGAAGACAUGGAAGCUGGUGCUUGCUUAGAGAAGAAGCUUUGUAGAUUGCGCAAAGACUUCGUCGAUAAGGAGGAGAAAAAGAUUGUUUUCGGGAACAAACGCACUUGGGUUGAUGUUGUUGAAGCCGACGAGGCUACUUUUGACAAGCGCGACAUUUCAAAGGACCCUGAUCUCAAGCACCUGAUCUCCAAGCCGAACAACACCAUUCUAUGGGAGCAAUGGGCUGGAAUCGUACAGCGCGGCCAGCCUCGCACACUCAUCCUCCGCAAGCUGAACCCCAAGCUCACACCCACGAGAGCACCGGGCCCAGGAGCAAUCCGGAAGAUCGAGUGGAAGAGCCUCGCUCAAGAGAAACUUCGCGACCGCAAAGUUGUUCUCCAUACCGAUUCGGCAAAAAGCUAUAAGGCGAAGGUUGACGGGGUGAUCCAUGACAGAGUCGUUCACUGCAAGAAGCGCGUCAAAAUCAACGGCAAGUACCAGUGGACAAGCCCGAAGUAUGUCACCAUGGUAACCCACAAAGUGCCAGGCAGCAACAAGAAAUUGAAGGUCAAAUCAGGCACUCAAAUCAUUGACCGAGCCUGGAGGUUUUUGAAGGACCGCAUCGCCAUCAACCAAAAUGUCAAGGCAGGUUCCAGUCUCUUGCGCGCGAAACUGCGGUCAGCACAAUACGACUACUGGUUUAAGAAUUCCGAUCUUUGGCUGGCGAGCGGCGAGCUUUGUACAGAGGCCCUCAAAAAGUUUUAUGUGUAA